AUGGAACGCGCUUCCACUGCCCCCGAGAAUUCGUCGCAACCCAGAAAUCGACCGUCGAAUAGUGCAGCUGGUAGCAUCUCCAGACAUAGCGAAAUGAACAGGUUGCUUGACAGCCUCGCAAAGGAUGUUGAAUAUCGCAACGGUGAUGGACAACGCUCUCGGGAGAAUUCCCUUACGCCCAGUGCGCGGAGAGGCGCGACACCAACACCAACAGCACAGUCUGCCAAAGAUCUAAGUUGGAAAUACCCUGGCGGUCGGGAAGCGACUGGUGAUUUCCUCAUCUGUGUUGCGCACAGGGAGAUGGACCGUCGACGCGAGUCGCAGCCGAAUCUCACAUACACAACGGAAGAGCGGUUUCCAAUUGAGGAAUUCCUGGGGUGGAGAAUAUACGACAAGGAUAGUGUGGUGAUCAGUGUGAGAUGGGCAGAUGGCAGCCCUGAUACUGAGGAGCCGGAAGAGAUCAUGCACAUCGACUGUGCCCAGACACUAUUGAACUUCUGGAGACGGCAGGGUGGUCGCGGUCCGGCAACUGGCCUACGAGAAAAUCGCAUAUUAAGGGUUCUUAAAAGCAGGGAGUCCAGGAAAGACAAGGGCAGUGAGUUACUGCUCUGUCAAUGGAUUGGGCUCCCAGCAAGUGACCGAUACACCACUUGGAUGUCUGAGGAAGAGGUCCAGGAUAGGGCCUUGGGUCAAUGGCUGGAGUUUAAAACGGGGGUGGACAAUAUCUUCGGCUGA